UUUUGACUGGUUUUGACCUUUGACCUAUGGUUUUGACAAGUUUGGACAAAUAUGGGACAGAUUGACUUCAAAACUGCAAAACGAAUUAGAUUUUAGCAUAAAACAUUGAACAGUUGUGUUAUAUUUUUGAAUUGAACAGUAUUCUUCAUUGUAUGUGAUAAAUACUAAUCGUUUUAUAGUGUAUUAUUAUCGAAAGGUGAAAUGGCCCCUCCGCCUGUCUCCGAGGAUAGAUCACCUAUUUAUGAUGCAGUUACAUGUGCCCUUAGUUGUGCACUACAAUCAGACAGUGAUCUCCAAAGAAUUAAUGCUGAAUGUAUUAAAAAGCUGGAAGUUGUAGAUGAAUACCCUGUUGUUUUGUGUCAAAUAGUUGGAAGCAAUGAUGAAGCACUUGCAGAAAGACAUCUUGCAGCAGUGUUCUUAAAAAAUUAUUUAGAAGAUGUAUUAAUAAAUAAACGAGAAUGGCCAGGACUUUAUGAAAAACAAUAUGGGAAAAAACUAUGCCAGAUGCUGUUAAACCAUUUAAGCAUUACUCAUUCAAACAUAAAAAUAAUGGUCUCUUACAUUUUGGCUGUGAUGUUGGGUUUAGGAUUUUGGGAUUCUUUGACGAUAGAAUUAAACGAUAUGACAAGAAGUGAUAAUACUGAAACAGUUAAUGAUGCUGUUUUGGUAUUAGCUCAAGCUAUAGAUAAGAAGUUCUUUGAGGAAGUACCAACUUUUAGGGUUGAACAUCACUGGUUUAAAGUAUUAUUAGAUGUAUUUAAAACUACCUCUAUUAGGUCUGAAACUAGAAUUAGUGUUAUCCGUCCUAUGUAUAUGAUGAUGAAAUAUGUAAGGCCUAAUGAGUUCUAUGUUCCUGAAUGCUGGACAAUGCUAUCAGCAGAGUUUGAAAAAGCUUUAGUAGAACCAUUUUCCAUCAAUUCAGAUUUCCAGUUUAAAGGGGAAAUUGUUCAAUUUAUAACUGGAAGUGUAGAAGAAUUUGAGGAAUACUCUUCAAUAUUUUUACCUCCAAGUUUGCAUAUAAUUGCAAGUCUUUUAACAUAUUGUCGUGAUGUAUUCAAAAGAGUGCUUAGAAAACCUGAUAAAACACCUCCCAAAGAUUGUUCUGAAGGAGAUACAGAUGACCCAUGCAAUUUCACAGAUUUGGUUAUAGCACUUUUAAGCUAUAUUCAUUCAAUGAUAGAUACAGUUUAUUUUAAUAUGCUAUUUGAAGAUUUUGAAAAUCUUUUAUACUGUGUCUUUAUCUUUAUGGCUUGCUAUGAUGAUAUGGAGGAGCAUUUGUAUAGUGAAGAAGCUGAAACUGAUCACCACUUUGGUAUGAGACAAAUCGGUUGUCAAAUCAUAACUACAUCUUUACAAAAAUUGGAGGACAGUCGUCCUGAUGGGAAAGUUAUGUAUUUUGAAAGUCUGCAUCAUGUUUUUCAAAGGUUUACCACUGAAUUUGAAGCCUCAUCUGCUUCAUGUGUCGAAAUCCAAAGGGGUUGUUAUAUGACGAGAGUUACAGAAGCUUUAAUUUUUGGUUUAACCAUGGUGAAAGAAAAAUUGCCCUCAAGAGAUCCUGAAUUUGUUUUUCCUUUAGAGCAUUAUAUAAAUUAUUGGACUAAGAUUCAAUUAUUAAAACCAAUUAACAUGUCUUUGACUGCAAGAAUUAUCUGGAUGUGUGGAGUAUUUUGCCUUGACUGUUCUCCGAAUAUACUAGGAUACCAACUUAAGAGCAUUUUCCAGAAAAUAAUAACAGAACCAAAGCUAUACUUUAUACCUUUGGUCGACACUUUAUGUAACUUUCUGAAGUGUUAUCCAAAGAUGUCCCAAGAACAGCAAUGUGCCAUUAGAGAUGAUUCGAGAGCUAUAAUAUGUUGCCUUUUAGGUAUUGCCAGGAAAGAAGAUUUUCCUUUAAAUCAUCUUCUUAAUGCCAUAGGAUAUUUUGUUAAGGCUUUCCAUCAAAUAACAACAGACAAUAUAGAUGCUAUAGAAGAUAUAUUGGUGAAGGUUGUCAAUAGUCAUAUAUCUGUUCCGUAUAUAUUAAAAGAAGUCCAUUUUAUUGUUGCUAAAUUAGCACAGAACAGGAACUUUAAAAUACUAAGUCAUGAUAAAUUUUUGUCAUAUUUGUAUCAUGUAAUACACAAUUUUGAACCUAACCAUAUGCAAAACCAUCUAGACAAGACUUUGGAUAUUUUAAACACUUUUGCACUUUAUACUCCUUCCAUGGAUGAAUACUUAAUUAUCCAGUUGUUCAUGGGGGCUGCUAAUCUCCUCAAUAAAGCUGAGGAGCCUGAGUUUGAAGUUGAAGAGUCUGCAGCAAUACUCUUGACAACUUUAAUAAUCAAACAAAUUGAGAGGUUGAAAUUCAUUAGACAGGAUCCAAAGAAUCAGAUUGCCAUUCAGGCAUAUCCAGAGCUGUUAGCAAAAAUGUUACAGCCUGACGUUGUUCUACCAGCUCACGUUUGUGACAAAUUGGUCGUUGUGAGCAUCUUCGAAUUUUCGGACUUGAUGGAGCCCCAUUUUGAGAUUAUUUUGAGAAACGUUAUAACCAGUAACUGCAGGCACCAGCAGAAUAUCAUUCCCACCUGGAUGAUUUUUGCAUUUAUUUGCAUGAUACGGACUUCCAGCACUGUGGCAUAUUUGUCAUUAAUUCCAGGACCCAAUGGUGGAAGCGCGUUAAAUUACAUCAUGAAUUCUUGGAAACUGGAGUACAUAAAAUUCUUAGACAUUAUGGAAAGGAAGAUAAUGGUUCUUGCUAUAUCAAGAAUUAUCCAGUGCUGCAUGGAAAAUGAGGUGAACUAUUCCAAAAUGCAAGAAGUGAAUGUUUCAGUUAAUCGAACCAAUGAAGCCGCCUCUCAUGAGACCCUAAGUGGUAUAGAGUAUUUGUAUUUCCUGCUUAUUGAUGCAUUACUUUUUGAAGAAAGAGAAAAGCUGAAAAAUGUGUUGGAUCCGCAAAUAACUUUCGUAGAUUUUGGUGAGGACAUCCAAUUAAAACAUAUCCAAGACGAUCGCUUUUUAUACCACCAACAUCCAUUUAACAUUAAUGUUGUAGGACACCUAGUUUUAUUUUUUAAAACGGCUAACGAUUUGUAUUUGAAUGUGAUUAGGAAAUGUGUUUCAGCAGCGGAUCUUUUCAAGCUGAAGGAUUUAGGUUGUUCAGUACCUGAAAUGGCCCUUCAAGAAGACAUGGAAUGAUCCAAAAAAUCUAGCGCGAGCUUGGUGAAAUAAUUUUGUUUAUUUUGAUCAUUAUGAUUACUUGUCUUUCACCAGACUUAAGCUAAAAAAGUUGCCAAAAUAAGUACAUAAAUUAUAUUGAUGUAUUUUUACUGAAGGCUGUGUUUAAUAGCUGAUAAUUCUAAUUUAUUUUUUGAAUUGUUCUAUUGAUAUUAUUUAAGUUUUUUUUGUGUCUCGUUUGACUUUAAAAGUUUAACUAAAUAGAUAGGUCUGUAUGUUUAAAUUUAUUACAAGACUGAAUAUUGUUAAGGAUUGUAGAUUUAUAUUUUUGUAUUGUUCAUUUUAAGAAAGUGAAAUAAAAAAGAUUUCAAA